CGUUGCAAUAUGACACAACAGUCAUCGGACAAUCGUGUGUGCUUUUCAUUGAAAUAAGUUCGUUUGUUCGCUCCUCUCCCAUAAUCGGGUUUUUCAAUUUAAAACAACACCCAAACCGACCAGUGCAAUCACUCCCACCUAAACAAAAACCUGUACCGUGCUUGUUUUCAAAAGUGAAAUUACUUAAUUGUAAUUUGAUUGAAAAGGUCGAUACUCACCUUUUGUUAUCUUAGUUUUGACUACACCGGUGUUAUUGCCCUAGGUUAUUCGUGCCAAAGUUUAAGCGAAUUUUCACUUGUGUAUCUGUAAGCCACUUUUUGGCUUUAACUCAACUCUAUAUACAAAUGUAUAUUAAUAUAAUUAUUGAUUAAAUAAACUGCUGACCAAAGUGUGUGCAAAUUUUGUGCAGACGUGCAAAAACAUUUGGUUUCUGUAGCCAAAUUGUGUCCUAAGUAGGAUACCAAUACUGCGGACAAAAUGGAUUUUACGAAAUUCAUGAAUAAGUUUAAUGAAGUUGAACGCUCUCUUUCACCAACAUCUUCAUUACGUCUAAACUUUGAUAACAUCUCGCCGGAAACUGAAGAACCGGAGGAAAAUAAACGUAUUUGGGGUGUGCCCGUACCCCCCUUUGUAUCCGAGAAAGUCGUCUCGUGGAUUGAGGAAGAGUUUAAUGAGCCUCCUAUAUAUUACAAUGGCAAUGCAGUGAUUCGAAAGGUGGAAAAUGUGCGGAUGAUAGAUCGAUACAAUGCCAAAAAUCCCACCGUCGGUACCCUAUACUUGACGGCAACUCAUUUGAUUUUUGUCGAACCGGAUAGCAAUAAAGAAACAUGGAUUUUACAUAUGCACAUUGCGAACAUUGAAAAAUUACCCUUGAGUACGACCGGUUCACCGCUAUUAAUACGUUGCAAAACUUUCCUAUCGGUGACAUUUGUAAUUCCAAAGGAUUCAGAGUGUCACGAUGUCUACACAUCAUUAAUGAAGCUCUAUCAACCCGUUUCCAUUAACAAGUUAUACUGCUUCAACUAUCAGCCAGCCAAAGAUGAUUUUCCAAAGACAUCAGGUUGGGAUUUCUUCAAAUUGGAAAGCGAAUUCAAGCGUGUGCGGGUGCCUAACGAAAUUUGGACAUUGUGCACAUUGAAUAUGAACUAUGAGCUAUGUGACACGUACCCACGGCAUAUUUACGUGCCACAGGAGGCCAACACAGCCAUGUUGAUCGGCAGUUCCCGUUUUCGCUCCAAAGGCCGUUUGCCUGCACUUACCUAUUUGCACUCGAAUAAGGCUUCCAUUUGUCGCUGCAGCCAGCCGCUGUCGGGUUUUAGUGCACGCUGUUUGGAAGAUGAACAGAUGCUGGAGGCGAUUCGUAAAACAAAUCCAAACACCGACUAUAUGUACGUUGUGGACACUCGACCCCGGAUAAACGCAAUGGCUAAUCGUGCCGCUGGAAAAGGCUACGAAAACGAGGCUUUUUAUGAGAACAUCAAAUUUCACUUUCUCGGCAUAGAAAACAUACAUGUACAGCGAAGCAGCCUCCAGAAAUUGAUUGAGGCUUGUGAACAGAAGACACCCACAAUGAGCGGCUUUCUUAAUUCUUUGGAAUCAUCUGGUUGGUUGAAAAAUAUUCGCUCUAUUUUGGAUACCUCCAGCUUUAUUGCGAACGCGGUCGACAAAGGUGUCUCGGUUGUAGUUCACUGCUCGGACGGAUGGGAUCGUACAGCACAGGUUUGCUCAUUAGCUGCGUUGAUGUUGGAUCCUUAUUACAGAACCAUUAAGGGGUUUCAAGCUCUGAUUGAAAAAGACUGGCUAGCAUUUGGACAUAAAUUCAGCGAGCGCUGUGGUCACGUGCAAACUGAUCCGCGUGAGGUCUCGCCUAUUUUCACACAAUUUCUGGAUUGCACUUGGCAGCUAAUGAACCAACGUAGUGAUGCUUUUGAGUUCAACGAACGCUUCCUACUUAUCCUACACGAUCAUGUGCACUCGUGCCAGUUUGGAACAUUUGUGGGCAAUUGCGAGAAGGAUCGUCUGGAUUUGAAGCUAUCAGAACGCACAUUUUCCCUAUGGGGCUUCAUGGCUAAUCAUUUGAACGAAUAUAUUAACCCAUUGUACAAACCUGAUGUUGAUAAAACUAUUAAACCCAAUCUUCAACCGCAAUGCAUUAAAUUUUGGCGCGGCAUGUUCAGUCGGUUCGAAAGUGGCGUACAUCCACGUGAACCGCUUAGCGACUUGCUGCUUGUGAGCAAGGAUCACUGUACCUCAUUGGAAGAUCACGUACAGCACUUAACAAAGCGGAUUGCAAGCUUCAAGAACUAUAUUUCUAAAUCCGCAAAGAAAUUGCAAGAUGCCACAGCUAAAUCGUAUAAGGAGCCCGUUUCGGAGAUCAAUGACAACAAGUACAAUUACGACAAGAAGAUGAGCGAACUAUCCUCAGCUGAUGAUGAUCAUCCGCUUAAGCCAGCCGGCAUGUCGUUUGCAAAUCUUUCGUUGAAUGAACGCAUUGACUCCACGAACAUUAAGGAGGAGAUUAAUUCCGUGGCUGUGGACUGGAAAUCAAUGCGCAGCGUGACGGCCUGCUCAUGCUCAACCCCAUUCGAUCAGUUCAGUAAGAAGACCCAUUGUUGGAAGUGUGGCGAUAUAUUUUGUGAACGCUGUAUUGACAAGAGCAUCCCUUUGCCGGGGCAGGACAGCGGGAAGCCGGUGCCGGUGUGUCGUACCUGCUUUCGGCUUGUUCAAAAGACCAGCCCAUGAACUCUCAACGGAGCGUGAAACUCAGUUUACUACUAAAGCGAGCAUAAAA